GCCGAGCUACGGGACGCCGCAGCGGCCAUUCCCCGCCGGUGCCGCCGGUGCCGCCGCCAUGCCCCGGUACGCGCAGCUGGUGAUGGGCCCGGCGGGCAGCGGGAAGAGCACGUACUGCUCCACCAUGGUGCAGCACUGCGAGGCGCUGGGCCGCGCCGUGCAGGUGGUGAACCUGGACCCGGCGGCCGAGCUGUUCAGCUACCCCGUGAUGGCAGACAUCCGUGAGCUGAUAGAGGUGGACGAUGUGAUGGAGGAUGAAUCCCUGAGGUUUGGCCCCAAUGGAGGUUUGGUGUUCUGCAUGGAGUACUUUGCCAACAACUUUAACUGGCUGGAGGAGAGCCUGGGGCACGUGGAGGAUGAUUAUAUAUUGUUUGAUUGUCCAGGUCAGAUCGAGCUCUACACGCACCUGCCAGUGAUGAAACAGCUGGUGGAGCAGCUCCAGCAGUGGGAAUUCCGUGUCUGUGGAGUCUUCCUUGUGGAUUCUCAGUUUAUGGUGGAAUCGUUUAAGUUUAUCUCUGGAAUUCUGGCAGCACUCAGUGCAAUGAUAUCUUUAGAGAUUCCACAGAUUAACAUCAUGACCAAAAUGGAUUUGCUGAGCAAGAAAGCCAAGAAGGAAAUAGAAAAGUACUUAGAUCCAGACAUGUAUUCUAUGAUUGAAGAUUCUACAAAUAUAUUGAAAAGCAAAAGGUUUAAGAAGCUGACUAAAUCUAUAUGUGGAUUGAUUGAUGACUAUGGAAUGGUUCGAUUUCUGCCUUUCGAUCGCUCUGACGAGGAAAGUAUCAACAUCGUCCUGCAGCACAUAGACUUCACCAUCCAGUAUGGAGAGGAUCUGGAAUUCAAAGAGCCAAAGGAAUAUGAAGAAGAUAAAUCUGCUCUUGUGGAUGAAUACUUUCAGGAUCGUGUGGAUGAGUAAAAAAAAAUAUGUUCAAAGUGGGAGGAAAAUACUUUCUGGGGAAAAAAAAGUGAAAAAAAAAUCCUGACCCCUAUACAAACACACUUAAUGUUUUAUCUGUAAGAUAACUAAUAUUUAUAGUAAAGAGUGAGUUAUAUGACCUCAAAACUAUUUUAAUAAACAGUUUUUUAUUCUUGUGUGUGUAUGGGUUAUAAAAUAUAUAGGCCAGUGUUAGCACAUAUAAAAGUUCCCCUCAUAUAGAUAUAUAUUUCAGCAUAGGAACGCUUGAAACAAAUUAAUGAUUUGCCAGAUAGGCAAAGCUGAGUCUAAAUAUGUUGUAACAAAUAUUUAUCUCCAGCACUGAGUAGUUAGUUUCAUUACUAGAUGAGAGAAAGAAUUGUUCUAAAGGGUGAAAGUUGUAUUUCAUGAACUGAACCUAAAUUAGACAGAGAUGACUGGCAACUUCAAAGGGGCAGCUGGUCAGGGGAUGGGCUUCUUCUUUAAGAACUUGAGUGUUUUACAUAUAUUUUUUUUGAAGAUUCUAGAUUUUAAGCCUUCUUAAAGCUGGUUUUUGUUCAACUUGCACAUGACUUUAAGUGGUUUAUUCAUCGAUAACAUGUACACUGUAACACUUAAAGAAGGAAAAUUACCUUAAACAGAACUCAGUGAUGGCCUUGUGAAAUGGAUGUCAUUUUGUAGGAGCAGCUUGGUCAGCAGAUGUCUGAGUGCGAGGAUUGCCCUUAAUGGGAACCAAACCAAGGAGUGAAUACUUGGAGACAACUGCACUUACCUAACCCUGGGGUGUGAGAGCAGCUUGGCAGAGUUGAGCUUUGUAGUUUCUUGCUUCUAGUCUGGAAGGUGUAAUUUUUUUCUCAUUCAGGAGUAGGGUUGUUCUUAUGUCUGUUUGAAUAAAAGGUUCACUAUUGA